UUUCGCUCGUUCAUCCCGUAGUUCGUGCGAUUGUUCUCUGUGAAUCAGUUUCAAGCAGGAUGUCGGAAUUAUUCAGACAUAGGCAUUUGUACUUGUUCCACAAUUUCUGGGAUCAGAACAAAGAUGGCAUCUUGUCCUGGGAAGAUUUCAACACACUGGCGGAAUACUACACCAUGGUUCAAAGGAAGGGGAAGCUAGAGAAGGAUGUCUACGAGCGAUGGAAGUCCAUUCUCGAGAAGUGGUGGAAUGAACUCACCAUGCACGCCGAUUACAACAAGGAUACCGUGGUCGAAUUCGAUGAAUGGAUCCGAUUCUUCAAGACCAUGGGCGAGACCACGAAGGAGUUCAAGGAAUUGCCGGAUUUUCUGCAGAAGUACACUCAUCUACUAUUCAUGAUCAUGGAUGCCAACAAGGAUGGCCUAUUCUGCGUGAAGGAUUACAAAAAGUACCUGAAAGGUCUUGGGUUGAGCGUCGAUCACGCCGACGAGCAGUUCGAAUCGAUGUUAGACGAGCUCGACAAAGCGAAUGAUAAAGCCAUGCCCAUUGAGAGCUUCCGGACCCGUGUUUACGAAUACUGGACCAAAGAUGAUCCGAACGUGAAGGGCAAAUUCAUGUUCGGACCCUUCCAAUCUGAGGAUCUGCAGGCAUUGGAGGCAAAAACCAAGAAGAAAUGAAGAAACCACGAUUGUUCCUAUCUGUAUAUUGGGUUCGCAGUCCAGACCAUCAGCUUACAGUCAUUCACUAGUCUAGAGGGAAAUUCCCAUCGUUCAUGAUGUCUUCAUAAUCAGUGGAAUAAAUCGAGCGCCUUAGAGUAUCUGAUCUCUGCUAAUAAUUCACUGAGACA